AUGGCCCCUUUCAACUUGAUGGCAGUUUCUCUGCUCGGCUGCUUGUCCAGCCUUGCACUGGGAGCUCCUACUGCAACCAGCAAUCUGGGAAAGCGCGCAAGUGUCAAUGAUGUCGCUCCCGGCUAUGCCAGCCAGAACGGAGGUACUAAGGGUGGUGCUGGUGGCACUACUACCACUGUCUCGUCGUAUGCUGCCUUCACAGCCGCAGUUUCGGGCGACUCUGCCAAGGUUGUCGUUGUGAGCGGCCCCAUCACGCAGGUAGCCAAACAAGUUCGUGUUGGAAGCAAUACUAGCAUCCUUGGCAAGGACUCGACAGCUGUCUUGACCAGCUUUGGCCUUCUGGUCAAAGAAGAGAGCAACGUGAUCAUCCGCAACCUAGGUGUGAAGAAGGUGCUUGCCGCUAACGGCGACGCUAUUGGUGUCCAAAAAUCAACCAAUGUGUGGAUUGACCACUGCGAUGUCUCGUCCGACUUGGAUCACGACAAGGACUACUAUGACGGACUCAUCGAUCUGACCCACGCUGCCGACUUCAUCACUGUGUCCAACACCUUCGUCCACGACCACUGGAAGGCCUCCCUGAUCGGACACUCGGACAGCAACAGCGCCGAGGACACCGGUCAUCUGCGUGUCUCCCUGAAUAACAACUACUGGUAUAACCUUAACUCGCGUGGUCCUUCCUUCCGUUUCGGCACUGGCCACAUCUACAACAACUACUACCUGGACGUCGCCGACGGCAUCAACACCCGCGAUGGCGCUCAGCUUCUAGUUGAGUCAAACACCUUUGUUGAUAGCAAGAAGCCCCUCUACUCUACCGACUCUGGUUAUGCUGUCGCCAAUGGCAAUGACUUCGGUGAUGGAGAAAACACCGCCGCAGCUGGAACCCUGAAGUCGGUUCCCUACAGCUACAGCCUGCUUGGCUCGUCUAAGGUCAAGGCUGCUGUUGUUGGCACUGCUGGUCAGACACUUACCUUCUAA